GACCGUCCGUCCGGGACAUUUCGAUCUUUAUCAGGCGAAUGCCUUAAUUAGUUUAUUAUUGCGCUGUGUUUUGGCUGAUGUAGGCCUACACACAAGCCCCUAUAGCAUCUCCCCAGAAAAAUCCUUACUUGAUCACAUGAUGCAAUGAAUUAUGACUCAUCGGUCAGUGACCUCACCUAGAUAGGCCGCGUAAAGAUUUUUUGCUCCUUGCGUGCGUCUGACGUAACGAUUUUAAAUGCGCACUGUGGCUUUCUUUUAUAUUAUGCGCAAUAAGCUGGAAAUUCAUCGAUGCGCGGCAAGCAACGCCUAGCAACUCCAUAGCGACCCAUUAUGCACGCAUAUUUUGUUUGAAUUCUUUUCUCAGCUCCCGCUCUUUUUUAAUCUUCACACGGGAACAAGGGAAACAUCAAAAUAAAUGUUACAGAACAUGUGAAUAAAGGAAAACUGACCAAAUAAAUACCAAUCUUUGUUGGAAUUAGGCAUCUGAUUUAACAUCAUGGCACAGAAGAGCUUUGACGCUGUGGGAUUUGGCAAGGAUUUACUGGCUGGAGGAGUGUCGGCGGCUGUUUCAAAGACGGCAGUGGCACCUAUCGAAAGAGUCAAACUGCUUCUGCAGGUCCAAGCCGUCUCCAAGCAGAUUGCCGCAGACAAGCAAUACAAGGGCAUCGUCGACUGUUUCGUUCGAGUCACCAAAGAGCAGGGGACACUAUCCCUCUGGAGAGGAAAUCUCGCCAAUGUCAUCCGAUACUUCCCAACCCAGGCUCUAAACUUCGCCUUCAAGGACAAGUACAAGCAGCUCUUCCUCAGUGGAGUCAACAAGAACGAGAACUUCUGGCGAUACUUCGCAGGAAAUCUGGCGUCCGGUGGAGCCGCAGGUGCGACGUCUCUCUGUUUCGUCUAUCCUCUUGACUUCGCUCGUACGCGUCUCGCGGCCGACGUCGGAAAGAGCGGAGGCAGCAGGGAGUUCAACGGCCUCGGAGACUGUUUGAAGAAAAUUGUCAAGGCGGAUGGGUUCGGCGGCCUGUAUCGAGGUUUCGGUGUGUCUGUUCAAGGCAUCAUCAUCUACCGUGCUGCUUACUUUGGUACAUACGAUACCGUCAAGGGCAUGGUUCCCAAGGAAUAUCAGAACUUCUUCCUCUCGUGGAUGAUCGCCCAGGUUGUCACCACUCUCUCGGGCGUCGUCUCGUAUCCAUUUGAUACCGUUCGAAGGCGGAUGAUGAUGCAGAGCGGCCGCAAGGAGAUCCUCUACAAGAGCACCAUUGAUUGCUGGAAGAAGAUCGCUCGACAGGAGGGCCCGCAGGCUUUCUUCAAGGGAGCCUUCUCGAACGUUCUCCGUGGUACCGGAGGUGCCCUGGUGCUCGUACUCUACGACGAAAUCAAGAAACUCAUCUAGGAAGUGAUGAUUACUUCUCAUUCAUAAUUUAUCAUUUUCCACCAAUUUAUGUAUUUAUUUGUCAAUGUCAACUAUGAUUCAUCUGUCAAUAUGAGAUCAAAUCUUUGUAAAGCUCAAAGCAACACAUUUUUUAUUAUGUGAAAUUUUUAGGAAAGGGGAUGGUAUUGUGAAAUCAUGCCUUUUCUUAAACAAUCCAAUUUGAACACCGUCUCCCGUUUUACUGUCAUUGGAACAUUAUUGUGUCUUAAAAUUAAUAAACAUGUAAAUAUGAUUUCAAGACUUGAAGUGUAUUCAUAUAACUUUGUUGAGUUUUAGAACUAGUUUUGACAGAAGAGUGAUGUGAAAACAGUCUAUACUAUGUAUAUCAAUCCUCCCGAUAUCUACAUAUUGUGAUGCCACUUUAUUUCUUUUUCCUGUAGUUGACAAAAUAAUGAAUAAUUGCCCCUUCUACUCACUUUUAUUCAAAUCCCGGUAAUUUUCAUGACAUGGAAGGGUGGUACUGAACUGCGUUUCACAGCACAUUUAACAAAAAGAUUUGUAUCUUUACCUAUUUACACUUUGUUCAUUUUUUCUAUAAUUGCAACUCUCUGUAAUCACACCUCUUCUUUCUUAAUCUUCCUCGUAUCUGAUUUAUUUCAUUUCCUCUCACACCUUUCUAUCCCUACUCUCUCUCUCUUUCUCUCUACCUCACGCCUUUCUUGAUUCCCAUUUUACCCUCUUACCCCCUCUCCCUUCCUUUCCAUUAAAGAUGGCAGUUUCCAAUUGAGAAAAAAGAUCUUCACUCAAACGGAAAUGGUGAAAAAAUACAAACAGAUCAAUUUCUGUACAAGGCUACUUAUGAAAACAUAUUUAAUAUUGAUAUAAAUAUAUAUAAGUCGUUUUCUAUCACAGGGUUUUUGAUUGGCUCUGAGACGUAAUGUGUCUGAUUGUAAUCAUAAAAACUUGGAAAUAGAGGACUUGUCAGUGAUGACAACUUUCAUAGAAAACAUCCCCCCCCCCCGCAUGUUUCAUUAGUAUGUAAUGUAUAGUCUGACAUGUUGGACCCGACAUCUUUCCUUGAUUUGACUGAGAAGCAAUGUUACUAUUAAUAGUAAAUGUCAGAUAUCCAAUUACUCCAGUUUUAUACCCAAUAGUUGCCAUAGUAACAUUGCUUGUUAGCCAAUCAAAAUCAAGUUGACAGAUCUGACAA